CACAACGUAGACUAUAGGUGCGUACAGAAACAUAACAACAUGGCUUCCAAUCAAGAAAUUCCAGAAGAAGCCUUUGAAAUUCACAACGAAAUGGUGGAUUAUCUUGGUGAACAAAUUGAUGAUGACCACCUAUGCCGACUUAAGAGGCGGUUUAAUAAUAUCCCGCUUACCCCUGUUGACAUUGAUAAAAUCCAUGAUAUAUCCGGCUUAUUCAACCGUCUUAUGGAAAAAGAGAAGAUAGGUAUUGGCAACUAUACAAAAAUUAUAUCAAACCUUCGGCAGAUCAAUCAAAAGCUGGCAACAUAUGUGGAGAAAAAAGAAAAAGAAAUAAAAGCAAUUAUCAAUGGAGGUCCAUCACCAGCCAAGCAACCAAGGUCAGGAGAUCAAGACCAGCAACAGUCUACAGGUGAUCUGGCUGCUAAGAAUGUCACAACAGCAAACACAAGCCAUGACAAAAAAAUCCAUCCUGACUUAGAACCCAUGAUAGAAACAAUCAAAGCCAAGAUCAGAAAAGAAAAAGAAAAAAAGUUUCACCCCACCAAAGGUUUCUGUGAUGCUAAAGACAAGCUCCAAAAGAACAGGGUUGUCAUCAUCAAGGGAAACACGGGAGACGGUAAAACAGCAAUCGCCGUUCAACUCCUUCAUUGGCUGAGUCAGGAGCAAGAAGCAGGACAACCCUUACAGCUUCACAAUAUUGAGAAAUUAGAUUUAUUGGCUCCAAACUUAAAACUGAUCACAUUUAUUGAUGAUAUUUUUGGUGAGAAAGAUGUGUGUAAAAAGGAUGUACAAGAGUGGAACAAAAGAAUCUCAGAUGUAAAAACACUUUUUAUUGAUGAACAAACAGAGACCAACUUUCUUCUCAUUACUGUUCGCAAUGAAGUAUUUUAUUAUUUAGAAAAACGUUCUUUUGGAACAAUUUUUAGCAAAGACAACUUAAUUGAUCUUAGCUCUGAUACAUACAAAGUUGAAGAAGAGAAAAAAAGACUUUUAGAGCUGUAUAAGCCAGAACACUUUUCAUGGUCAGAGGAAGAAAAAAAUCAAAUUUUAACUUACGCACCAAACAUUGGAUUCCCACAAUGUUGCCAGCUUUUCUACAAUUCUAAAAAAUUGCAGAAAGAACGAGUUAGAUUUUUUGAAAAUCCUUUUCAUUUUUUGAAUGAAGCGUUGUCAAAAUUACAAGAAUGUUCUGCCCUUUUGUUUCUCUUCCUCAAUAAUGGUAGGAUAAGUGUAAAAGAUCUGGAUCCAAACAGUCAAAAAGUCAACCAAAAAUUGCUGGAAGAAGCUUUUGAUAUCAAUUUAAUUGAUGGUGAAAAUGGCAGUACCAAUUUGACAUAUAAGAAAAAAAUAGGAUUUGUAAAAGAAAGUUUAGAGAAAUUGUUUGGAUUUUUAGUAGUGAAGGAGAAAUGUUGGUUUGGUGAGGAUGUGUACAGAUUUAAUCACGAUUCUAUUUAUGUUGCUGUGGCACUUUUGUAUGGAAAAGCCACACCAAUUGGCUACAUACAGAAUUGUCCCAGCAAAUCCCUCAGUUUUCUAACAACCUCAGAAACAGCCUCAAACAUGAUUGUUUUAUCAUCUGAUCAUUAUACAGAAAUGUGUGAGCGUCUACUCCGAGAGUUUGAAUGUAAGGAGAAUCGAUAUGAUACUUGUAUUGGCUCUCUACAUGUAUGGAAUGAUUUUGUAUUUGUUAAAAGAUUUGUCGGGUUGUUGAAUGACAGAAAAUAUGAUAAACUUAAUGUGUUGAAUAAAGCAUGCUUUUUUGGUGCAGAAGAAUGUGUUUUAUAUCUUCUGUCAAAAGGUGUGAAACCUGACAAUGACACAGCAUUGUCAUUGGUUAGUAGUAGAUAUUGGAAUGCUAGUAACAGACAAGUGUGUUUACUUAGGAAAAUUGCUGUAUAUUUGAAUGAUGAGACAAAACUUGCUGUGUUGAAUGAAGCAUGUUCUUCUGGUGCAGAAGAGUGUGCUUUAUAUCUUCUGUGUGAGGGAGUAGAACCUGACGAGGAGACAGUGUUUAGUGUGGUGAAGGGAGAGAGUGUGAAAGUGUUACGUAAUCUACUGCAGUAUAACGUCACUCGUACAGCGAGGUAUACUAACAAUUACAAUGUCCUACAUAUGGCGUGUAGGUAUGAGAGAGAAGAGAUGGUGACGUUGUUAUGUGACACUUACCCACACUUGGUACAUGACACUGAUGAUGAUGGACAAACCCCGCUCUUUGUUGUGGCAGGGAAAGGGAACUGUUCUAUAUUACAGACAGUAGAGAGGUUUGUACUUAACUCCUUAUAUAGAGUUGAGGACCAACAACAUAGGUGUGAGUCAGUCGAUGGUCGUGUGGUUCAUAGGAACUGUGUGUGUGCUCAGUACAUGGCUAAGUUAGUGGAUGUUGACGGGAAAACGGUGUUACAUGUGAGUUGUGUGUGUGGAAACAGGGAGGUUUGUUUAUAUUUAUGUCAUUCGUACCCAGCACUAACUACAGCUGUAAGUAAGGACAACCGUCAUUGUCUACAUAACAUAGCUAGGUCAUAUAGGUCAGAUGUAGACUGGUUCACUGAGUGUGAAAUUCAUGUAAAACAAUAUCUAGAAUCUACAGGUCGUAAUUAUGACAUCACUACCAUACUUGACAAUGACGGGAAAUCUGUUUUAGACGAAGCGAAGGAAAGGGCGAAGGAAAGGGGGACAAAAAACAACCCUUUGUUAUUGGAUCAUCUUAUAAAAGUGUUCGGUAAAUAAAAAUGAUAUUGAUUUCUCAAUGAAACGUGCACUUAUAAUCAACACAAACCUUUUAAAACAAUCCUGUGCAAAGCUCAGAUCAUGAUGAAGGUUUUAACGAGCACAUUUUAUCGGUAAAUAUUAUGAAAUAUGACGAGUUUUUUAGUCCAAGAUUGCCGAUCUUCUUUAAAUUUACGCACCGUAAAAAAACGGCCAGGGAUUUCCUCUUUGAGGUGCGAGAUUUUGUGUGUUUUUCUUUGGAAAACACUAAAGACCUGAAUGGAGUGGAUCGUAUCAGGUUUGAAAUAAGAAUAUGAUGUUUUUAUUCUGUUUUAAUUAUUACAAACAUUGUCAUGUUAUAUGUAAUUUUAAAUGUGCUGAUGCAUUGUGUUAAAAGCUGUGGAAAUAUUUCUUCCCAAAUGAAUUCUCAAUAGCAGUAAACUUUGUAUAAAUUGUUGAUAAAUCUUAAUGAUAUAAUGACUUAACAUGAUGUUUGGAGAAAACAAUGUACAGUGAAUUUCACAUUUCAUUUUAACAGACUUGUUAGCAUAGUCAUUUUAAGGUAACCUAUAUAUCAUAUCCCAUUUUUGAGUCACUGUUAACUCCUUUGGGGCUAAUCAGACAUGAUAGAUUCAUUUGACAGCUUUAUUGCCUUUAGGCAGGCCUCUUGUUCAGUUGUUGAGGUCAUAUGAGAUGAGAAACAAUAGUCAAACUCUGCAGUUACCAAUAAAAAAAAUCCAUGUACAUAAGGAAUGAGUGAAAUUUUAGGUAAGCUCAAUAAUUUCUCUUUCUUUUUAACAAUCUUGCACAAUGGAAACGUAAUAAAAAAAUGCAAACUCCAGUAUGAUUUUAAAAGCAAUAAUAUCAUUCACAGUUACUAUUUUAUUAUUGUUUUUGUAUUCUGUAGCGUAUGAGUAUUUUAAAUGAAAAUUGGUUGCAGGAUUUCAUACCUAUUUCAUGUGAAUCUGUUGAAAUUAGUGAGGACUGUGAUAAACCUGCAUACAACGAAAACUAGCAAAUGGAAACUGUUCAAUAAAAAAAACAUAACAAAUAUGUAAAUUCACUUUCUUGAAAUUGUCAAAAUUACUUUCUAUGUGAUGACUGUGAUCCAGUGUUCUAACAAAUACAACUUAAAUACGCUAAAAAGAAAUUUUCUAUGAUGGCCCAUAGAGACAAAUGUUUUACUAAUCAUUUCAACUAUGUUCUUUCAUUAUCAUAUUUAUUAUCAUGACAUGUUUAUAAUUGCCCAUUUUUAACAGAUUGUUCCAUUUUUUAACAUUUUAUGUAUUUGUUUUAUUUAAGUUAUUGAUUUAAAAUAACUUUUAUUAGAAUUUUCUUUGUAGUCUAUGGUAGAAUUUAUUGGAUGGUAUAUUACUUACUUUUUUCGAUGAAAGCUAAUUAUGAGAGGAAGGUCAUGACAAAACAAGAUUUCAUAUUUUUGCAACUUGUGUAAAGGCUUGGUCAGGAGUGUAAUAUAUGACUCUUUUGUCAAUGUAUGUGGUCACAUUAAGCAAGAUCCAGAGUGUAUUAAACAAAACUGCACAUUUAUACAUGUUUCCUAAUGAGUACAUUUUCUGGUCAAGCUUCUUGUAAUGUUUGCAAUGUUUUCAAAAUUCCUUUUUUGAAGUCUUCUUCUGCUAUCCUCUGUAGUCAUUCUCUCAAACCAUGAUACAAAUGAAUUUACUGAGUGUAGUGAGCUUAUUUUUCUUUUGUCUGAUGUAUGAGUAUUUAAUCCUUUUAUCUGAUGUAUGCGUAAAUAAUCCUUUUGUCUGAUGUAUGAGUAUUUAAUCCUUUUGUCUGAUGUAUGAGUAUUUAGUCCUUUUGUCUGAUGUAUGAGUAUUUAAUCCUUCAUGCAGAGCAGAGUGGAUGGGGCAUGGCCAUUUUUUUCUGAUGUGUUAAUAAAAUAGUUCUUUUUUAAGAUAAUAAUGUUUAAA